UAUAUCCCCUUCACCUUUGUCAAAAUGAGAACCCAUUGAUUUUACCAGUCAUGGAUUCAGCACCCUUUGUGGUUGUCCUCCUUCUCUUGUUCCUCUCUUGCUUAUCAACUCCUUCGGUCUCGGACCCCAGAGCCACAAGGGCGGCCUUGCUCUGCACCAACAGGACCGAACCUGCUCCUUCCCGUCAACUCUUCGUAUCAAACUUCCUUGCUGCCAUGGACGCACUUACCCCUCUCAUCUCAACUAAAAGGUACGGAGCAGUUAUCAACGGGACUCGCAACUUAACGGUCUACGCCUUCGGCCAGUGCAUGAACGAUCUGUCUCAGCAAGACUGCAACAUGUGCUUCGCCCAGUGCAAGACACAGAUCCUCACCUGCCUUCCCUUCCAGAAAGGGACACGUGGCGGCUCUCUCUUCUUCGAUGGCUGCUACCUCAGGUACGAUGAUUACAACUUCUUCAACGAGAGCGUCACCGAUCGAGACACCUCGGUAUGUAACGGCACCAGUAACAGAAACGGCGCCGUUUACAAGCGCAAUGCUUUGGAGUUGGUGAGCAACUUGAGUCAUCUGGCGCCCAAGAACGGCGGCUUCUUCGUUGGCUCAUUCAGCCGCAAGAAUGUGAGUGUUUAUGGAUUGGCUCAGUGCUGGAAAUUUGUUAAUGCAACUUCCUGUAAGAGCUGUUUGGCUGAUGCUGUAACUAGAAUCGAUUCGUGUCCUCCCAAAGAAGAAGGGAGGGCGAUGAAUACUGGUUGUUACAUGAGGUAUUCCUCACAGAAGUUUUAUUACAAUUCAACCACUGUUGCUUCUUCUUCUGGGAAUCAUGGACGGCGCAAGCUAGCUAUAAUUCUGGCUGCAUCUUGUGCUGCCCUGGCUCUUGUUCUGGCUGCUGCAACAUUUGUUUACUUUGCAAGGAAGAAUCUACUCAAGAGAAGAAGAGAUAGGCGACAGUUUGGUGCACUGUUGGACAGAGUGAACCGGUCCAAGCUAAAUAUGGCAUAUGAAAUCCUUGAAAAAGCUACAAAUUACUUCAAUGAUGCAAAUAAACUAGGACAAGGUGGAUCAGGCACAGUUUAUAAAGGAGUUCUGCCUGAUGGAAAUGUUGUGGCCAUAAAAAGGCUUAGCUUUAACACAACACAAUGGGCAGAUCUUUUCUUCAAUGAGGUCAAUUUGAUAAGUGGUGUUCAUCACAAGAAUCUUGUAAAGCUUUUGGGAUGCAGCAUUACAGGACCCGAAAGCCUUUUGGUUUAUGAAUAUGUGCCUAACCAGAGUCUCCAUGAUCACUUUUCAGCUAGGAGGAUUUCGCAGCCAUUGACUUGGGAAGUGAGGUACAAGAUCAUACUAGGAAUUGCUGAGGGCCUGGCCUAUCUUCAUGAGGAGUCUCAUGUUAGAAUCAUUCAUAGAGACAUAAAAUUAAGCAACAUUCUGCUAGACAAUGACUUCACACCGAAGAUUGUGGAUUUUGGUCUUGCUAGAUUGUUUCCUGAAGAUAAGUCUCACCUUAGCACAGCCAUUGCUGGCACACUCGGUUAUAUGGCUCCAGAAUAUAUAGUUUGUGGGAAGUUGACUGCAAAAGCGGAUGUAUUUAGUUUUGGAGUUCUAGUUGUUGAAAUUGUAUCUGGCAGAAAAAACAGCUCCUUCAUCGCCAAUUCAUCCUCUAUCCUACAAACGUUGUGGAGCCUUUUCGGAUCAAAUAGGCUAGCCGAAAUCGUUGAUCCAGCCCUCGAGGGUAACUUCCCUUCAGAGGAAGCAUGCAGACUGCUGCAGAUAGGGUUGCUUUGCGCGCAAGCAUCUGCAGAGCUGCGACCAUCGAUGUCAGCAGUUGUUCAAAUGAUUAACAAUAGCCACGAAAUUCCUCAGCCGACGCAACCGCCGUUUCUUAAUUCUAGUUCUUCAGAACUCAGCAAAUCAAGUUUGCCUGGAUAUAAUUUUCAGCCAGGAUCCAUGACUCAGUCUUCAGGGGACAGCAUGACAGAGAGUCUUAUUGAGCCUAGAUGAGACGUACUACAAAAUGUUCCUCUUUUCUGCAUACAUUUGCUAAGGAAUCUGAUGAUAGAGUUGCUGGCAAGGUUUCAUCUUGAAGCUAGCAAUGGCAUAAUCCAUUAAUCUAAUGGUGGAUGAGAGAUGAGUGUAGCACGAUGUUCCACACUUAAUAUGUACACAUAAUAUUUUUCAUAGGAAAUAUCUACUUGAGCAUACAUACACACUGACAUACCUUUAGUUAAAUUUUGUUAAAAUUUUGUACAUUACAAUAUCAUGUGUAGUUAUGUUAUAUAUAAGAAUCCAUGAGUCAGCUAAUUAUGCAAAA